GAGGAAGACAUGCCCAUGUUGGUGCAGAGCGGUGAAGAGGGAGAGAGCACAGAGAGGAUCCCCCGCUCUUUACCCUGCUCUCCUGUUAAAGGGACAGUUUUUGUUUUCUCUCAGGAUGUCUAAAGGUGACUCAGCAGGAACCGAGCUGGUCUCUGUGGACUUCGAGAUCUUCGGUCACGUUCAGGGAGUCUGUUUCAGAAUGUACACGGAGAAGCAGGGUCUGCAGCUCGGUCUGGUCGGCUGGGUGAAGAACACCUACGGUGGGACGGUGGUGGGACAGGUCCAGGGUCCUGCUGACAUGGUGGAGGAGAUGUGA